AUGGCACUGAAGCUGAGCAGUGAUGAGCCGGUAUUCCAUCGCAAAAGGAAGAUGCCACCAGGGGAUGAAGAGAUAUGUAGGGAGAAAAUCAAGGAGCUGCUGGAAGCCGGUCUAAUUAGGAGGGAUAUUAACAAAAUCACCAUGCCGGACCGAUAUCCGAUGCCGAUGGCUGAAGAAAUAUUCGACAAGUUGGCCGAUGGGGUGUUUUUCACCACGCUGGACCUGCGGCAGGGGUUCAACCAAAUAAAAAUCAGAGAAGAGGAUGUGAAGAAAACAGCCUUUCACGGACCUGAUGGGCUGUACGAGUGGCUGUACAUUCCGUUUGGUCUAAGGAACGCCUCGGCAGUAUUCCAGAGGGUCAUGGAUGCGGUGCUUCGGGGUAUAGAACAUGCAGCGUGUUAUAUCGAUGACGUGGUGGUCUUCAGCCUCACCGAACAGCAGCACCUGGAGGAUGUGGAGAGGACACUGAGUGCCAUAGAGGGAGCAGGGCUCACCUGUCAUCCCAACAAAUGCAGAUGGGGGGAGCAGACAGUGCAGUACCUGGGGUAUGAGGUUAAAGGGGGGCAAAUUGGGAUCCAGCAAGCGAAGGCGCAGGUGCUGGACAGGCUGAGGGAACCAAGAGACAAGUCUGGGCUGCGGGCGGUCUUGGGCUUCCUCAGCUAUUACAGACGCUUCGUGCCCAACUUCAGCAAGAGAGCGGCGGUGUUGAACGGGAUGCUGCGGGAAGACAAGACAUGGGAGUGGAGAGAGAAGCAGAGGGAGGCGCUGCAAGACCUGAUGAUCGCAGUAAAGACAGCGACAGUGCUGCGGCUGCCAGCAGCAGACCAGCCCUUCAUCCUCUACACCGACUGGAGCAGUCAGGGGAUAGGGGCCAUACUUUGCCAGGAGAUGGAGGGAGUGGAGAAGGUAGUGGCCUAUGCCAGCACGAGCUGCAACCCGGCUGAAGCACAGUACAGCUCGUAUAUCGGGGAGGGGCUGGUGGCGGUAUGGGCAGUGGGGCAUUUCCGAGUAUAUCUACAGGGCAGAGAGUUCACCCUGGUCACUGACCAUCAGCCCCUCACAUGGCUGAUGACCACACCGGGGCUGACGGGCAGGAACGCGAGGUGGGCAGUGAAGCUCCAGGAGUACGACUUCAAGGUAAGGCACAGGCCAGGAAAGACGCUGCAGCACGUCGAUGGUCUCUCCCGCAACCCACCGCCACUGGAGACGGAACAGGAGGCACGGGAGACGGAACGGACAGAGCAGGAGCCAGCGCAAACCUUGAUUUUGCUGGCAAGAGAGGUAGAGAAGAACGGUGCGAAGGGGAGUAAGGGGCCAGCCGACAUCUGGCAGGAUGCAAAGGCAAUGGAAUGGGUGAAAGGAGAGACUGAGGAAGAUGAGACAGUGUCUGAGAGGGUGAGGGCACGGGGACAUCACUACAGGUGGUAUCAGCAGCAGCUGCAGAAAAAAAGAGGAUGGCUGGAAGCUGGUGCCAGCGCCAAGGGAGCGUGA